AUAGUCGCAGCAAUAAUGGCAAUCACAGGGAUCGUAAUGAUGGCAUAUGCAGAUGGUUUCCAGGGCGAUUCCAUUAUCGGGGUAGCAUAUGCUGUUGGAUCAGCCUCUACAUCCGCAUUGUAUAAGGUUUUGUUCAAAAUGUUUCUUGGAAGUGCAAACUUCGGGGAAGCGGCUCAUUUUGUUUCUACUCUGGGCUUCUUCAACUUAAUUUUCAUCUCCGUGACCCCGAUCAUACUAUAUUUUACGAAAGUGGAGUACUGGUCCCCCUUCUCUGCUGUGCCGUGGGGUUACCUGUGCGGAGUAGCCGGCCUCUGGUUAGCUUUCAAUAUUCUGGUUAACGUUGGCGUUGUGCUUACAUACCCCAUUCUGAUCUCCAUCGGCACGGUGCUCAGCGUCCCUGGAAACGCAGCUGUGGAUCUGUUGAAGCACAAGAUGAUCUUCAGCGUGGUGAGGUUGGGAGCCACCAUCAUCAUCUGCAUUGGGUUUCUGCUGAUGCUGCUCCCGGAGGAGUGGGAUGAAAUAACCCUGAGGUUCAUCAACAGCUUGAAAGAGAAGAAAAGCGAGGAUCACGCCGACGACAUCACAGACGCCAGUGUCCACACGAGAAGCAGGAGUAGAGCGAAUGGGACAGUGUCUAUACCACUGGCUUAGGGCUGGUGGACUUUAACUGCACGCAGAUGUAUAUUCUGUGAAUAUAGCUUAAAUUUCAUCACUACUUGUAUGCUUAUAAAUAACAUUUACUCUGAACUGGGGGUGAACUGUAAGAUAAGAGAAAUACAUGUAUAAUAAAUGUUUAAAUUUAUACACUUAUCAAGGAAUGGGUGUAAAUAACUACAAUAAAAUGUUUUGUAAUAAA